AUUUGUUGCGAUUAAAUGACGUCACGACAUUACCCGCAUUUGUGGCCACAAAAUAAUAUUUGGGGGAAGUUAACGGUGGUCUUAUUAUUGGAACGUGAUUAUUCUCUUCGUUAUCUAUCAUUUCCUACUUGGAUUAUUGGCUCGGCUGGCUUCAUUGAAAUCCACACUGUUACAAUGGACACAGCCAUCUCCAUCUCCAGUUCCCUUCCUGCGGUUCCUCUUCGUAUAGUUCCUACUUCUUCUAUCUCUCUAUCCUCCUCAUCUCUUCUUCCCUUGCCACGCUCUCACAUCAAGAACAACAAGUUCUACUCUGUUAGAACAAGGUUCUGGAAUUCUUCUUCUGCGGUUCCUAAGUUUACAGUCAUUUGCGGUGCGGGAAUCACGGAAAUCAAUCAGAGCCAGUUCAAGGACACAGUAUUGAAAUCUGACCGUCCAGUUCUAGUCGAAUUCGUCGCUACUUGGUGCGGUCCUUGCCGUUUGAUCACUCCAGCUAUGGAAUCCAUAGCUAAGGAAUAUGGAGACAGAUUAACAGUUGUAAAGAUUGAUCAUGAUGCUAACCCACAACUGAUUGAAGAGUAUAAAGUUUAUGGACUGCCAACCCUGAUACUCUUCAAGAACGGGCAGGAAGUCCCGGAAAGCAGGAGGGAAGGUGCAAUUACAAAGGUGAAACUUAAAGACUAUCUGGAUGCUUUUUUGGAAUCGAUUUCGGUUACAUAGUCACUAAUGCAUGUGAUUUGCAAUUCUGACCUAUUCUGGGAAACUAUUGAUAUGAGAGCAGACCUAUUUCUAUUCCAUAUCUGCUAUGAGGGUUUAACAGGUUUUUACAGUUUCAAUCAUUUGUAUAAUCUGUAUCAUUUCUGUAGCUGCAAAUACAGCAUAUCUAUUAUGGUAAAGGACGGUUGUGUCAAAGCUCCUCUUUGAUCUACGGUAAUCUUAUUUCCACAUUUAAUUGUUUUAAAGGUAAUUAAAUUUAUUUCCAUUGUAUA